UGGAUGUUGACGUGCAUCAGGAAUGCAGGAGCAGUUGGUGGGCGGCACACAGGCAGAAGUGCAAGAGCAGCUGGCAGAUGGCACGCUGGCAGAAGUGCAGGAACAGCUUGGCAGAUGACAUUCUGGCAGAGGUGCAGGAGCAGACUGGCAGGUGGCAGGCUGGCAGAAGUGCAGGAACAGCUUGGCAGAUGACACUCUGGCAGAGGUGCAGGAGCAGACUGGCAGGUGGCACGCAGGCAGAAGCGCAGGAGCAGGAUUAGCCGAUUCAGGUGCAGGAGCAGAGUAAGGCAAGGUCAGGCGGCAGAGUAAGCAAAAACAGCAGGCAGGAG